AUGCCAGAUGUCCCACACCCCACGGAAUCGUCUCCGCCCGACGACAGAAGACCGAACUUCCAGGCUGUCUCGGACAAGAGUAUAUUAACCCUCGACGAAAGAGAGAGGUAUUGGACUCAGGACGUCGACAGUGUGGCCACAAUCGAGCGUCCUGAGCAUCCCAGUGAUGAGGCUGGUGAAAGGGCUCACUCGUCGCCGCCUUGCGAAUAA